AUGGACUGCGAGCCCGCCACCCCGCGUGCCUUGGCACCCCCGACGACAUACGACCCACAACAAGGUUCGUUGUCUGACCGCACCCUCGCUUCUACAGCGCGUCGGCGGCGGCGGCGACCCUGCAGCCAGAAGCUGCAACGGAACCGACGGCGAGCCUCCCACGUGUGCAGGCAAUACCACGGAUCCCGGAGACGUCCGGGCAACAACAAGGAUACCCACCAGGCGGGGCCUACGGUGUGGCUCGUCGAUGGUUAUGUCCAUCGUCGCGCCCAACUACCAUGGAGUGGCAACGACAACGACCCGACAACCGGGCCAAGUGCCAGCCUACCACGGCCGACAGUCACCGCCCAUGUACACGCGCACGAGCAUGCCCUACAACAGCACGAGAUGCAAUUGGCAUCGAGGCAGACCAAGCGACAAGCCCACUUUGAGUGGGAGCAGCGCCAGAUGCACCAAGCAGCGGCGCAGUACAAGUACGCGGUCGAACAAGAUGCGACGGCGCACACCGCGCAGUUCAAGGCGAACUUGGAGCGCUAG